AUGGGGUCCAGUGCACCGAGACGGCCGCCGUCGGAUGACGUUGAUGGCGAUAUCUUGACCUUCUCGGAACUCGAUUUUGCAAGGCUUGGACUUGCGAAUCAGGCUGUUGAUGAGAGAAACGCGCCGAUUGAGGACCAGGGAACCCAGCAAUCGUAUUUUCCGCCACAGAAUGAUGAGUUUUCGUUUGGCCAUGAGCACCUCGAUUUCACCCAUGAUUUGCUCAACUCCAUGAUCCCACCAGAACAACAAAGCGAAUUCUGGCUUGAUCCUGCAUUGAGCCUGAAUCCGUGGCAAACACCCACUGCGGCACAGACACCAACUGGGGGAAACAUCUCGCCAUUGGCAACAUCGGGUAAUCGAGCGGGAACUCCGACGACGACAUCCCCAUUUGGAGUUCCUGGAUUCGGACAAUCCCUCAACGGUUCUCCGGUAGCUGAGAGUUCCCAACGCGGACUUCCACGUAAACGGAGCCAUUAUUUCCGUCGUCAGCCUCAUCGGACGGGAAGUGAUCCAAUCUCAAUACCUCGCCAUAACCAUCAGCGCGACAGCACUUUAGAUCCUAUGCAAAGAUGGCAAGAAUCGCCCCCGGAAGCUGAAGCGGCGUCACUGUCCGCCAUUGCCGAUGCACUACAAAAAACGCCAUUGAGAACUCGCUCAUCUGCUGGGAGCCUAGGACGAAGUCGUGUCGGGAGUCGGGCAGGGUCAACGCAUAGUUUAGGAAGUGCGACGAGCUGUUCUUCUGCGUCGGUGGGAUCACCUCAGUCCGCGACUCGCAAGGGGUCGCUCAAAGGGCGAGUCACCAAGACGAAACGUUCUACUGCCAAAGGCAAGGAACCCCAGAACAGACGGUUUCCUUGUACGUUUUGCUGUGACAAGUUCAAGAGUAAGUAUGACUGGGCUCGACACGAAAAGUCCCUUCAUCUCGACCUUGCAGGCUGGAGAUGUGCGCCAUUUGGAGGAGUAGUGGUAUCUCCAGAGACAGGACGAAACCACUGUGCAUAUUGCAGUCAACUCGACCCAACUCCAGAGCACCUCGAAACUCACAACCACGCGGGAUGCCAAAACGACGAUAAGCCUCCGGUCUUCAGUCGAAAAGAUCAUCUUACCCAGCACCUUCGACUCGUCCACCACGUGAAAACGGUCCCGGUUAUAGAUUCGUGGAAAGUCGAGGGACCACCCGUGAAAUCGAGAUGUGGAAUUUGCGGUCUUCGAAUGGAGACUUGGAAAGAACGAGUCGAACAUCUGGCGAAACAUUUUCGAAAGGGUGAUACGAUGGCUGAUUGGAAAGGGGAUCAUGACUUUGAACCGCACGUCAAAGCUCGGGUGACGAAUGCGCUUUCGCCUUACAUGAUCGAGGUCGAAGGAAAAUGUCCCGUGCCCUUCUCAGCGACUGAUCCAAGCUGUCGAGACCAUCUUCUUCAGAUUCGAGAGAACGUCGGACGAACCACGGAUUUUGUCGAUGACGGUCUGGGCAAUUUGGACACAGUGGAGGAAACUGUAGCGCGACCGCAACGCUCAAUGACACAGGACAGCAGCUCCAUGGCAUUCCCCGAGUUUCUGGUUCAUCACCUAGGCAGAUAUGCGCAGCGACAAAUGAGUCUCGGGGUCAUUCCGACAGAUGAGAUGUUCCAGACUGAAGCGAGGAGGAUUGUAUACGACACCUCGGAUCCAUGGGAUCAGACACUAGCGGAUAACAAAGACUGGCUUUCGUGUUUCAAAGAACAUCAUGUUAAUGGUUCUCCGGGCAAUUGA